AUGCUCUUGUCGCGGUCGAAAACCCUCGCUCCUGGACAGUGUUGGCAGCCCCAAUAUUUCCCUAUCAGCAUGUUGACCAAACUAAUAUGUCGUUCGGGUCCCGGGCCAACCGGUCGCUGUGUUGGCCCUCGAUUUAGGCGUGAUUUGGCAUUUGCCGCCUCGCCUGUCUACACAUUUCGCUCACACCACUCUUCCUCAUGCCUCAACCCAGUGUGGUAUGCUUCUGUAGCACACGGCCGUCUCCAUGGCGGUUUAUUUUUCGUCACGUCGUUCCGACCCCUAUUCCCUCACUUACGGUCUACAACUCUUGCGCCUAUCUGUCUCUCUCUGUGUGUUAGUGUGUGUGUGUGUGUGUGUAUUGUCUACGAGGCGCAUGCAGACACACAAGCACGUAGGCCGCCAAGUUGA